CACCUCGUCGACAGCAAUCGUCUCGCUCUCCGUGCCACCUCGCGCACGCACACUCAGCUCACAACCGCAAUGGCAAGACCCGGCGCCACCCCACGCUACCCCCUCCUCGCCGUUCUCGUGUUCUGCGCUGCCUGUGCGUGCACGCCGGACGCACAUGCGGACGCGCCCCGUUCGUCGACCAUCUCCGCCUCACCGGAGCCGUCGCCGUACCCGCUGCUGCAGCCGCGCCACGGCAAUCGCCACGCGUGCGCUCCCGCCGGCGCUAUCGCUCUGCCCAACAUAAUGCUGCUGCUCCCAUCCCCGGGCCCCGGCAACGACGCGCUGGCACCGUCGGACGCGGCGGCCACCAUCCCGUCCAACCCGAGCCCGCCCAACCCCAACGCCGUCGAGCCCGACUCCGCGUUCGUCCCCUUAGGCCCUGCUGCACGUGCUGCCGUCGCUAGGAUGCAGUCCUCCACGCCAAUGCCGCCCGACGUGGCCUGGGCGGUGCUCCCGGCUGUGGGGCUCAUGGUCACCAUGUGGUUGGCGUAGCAGAUAGGACCGGCUGAGGGACAGCAGUACAACAGCAAUCCGUCAGGCAUCAGGCGUGCAGGCCUGCACGAGAAAGGAUGCCACUAGCUCGGUCGGCCGGUUGGGCUGGCUUUGCCUGCACUAUGCCAGCCCAACAGGUUAAAAAAUAUA